AGAAUCAAUCGGUCUCAGUCUCAACUCAAAUUGCACUUUAAAAUUAAAAAGAAUUGUGGGUUUUUGGCUCCAUCCGGGUAGUAAAGCUGUGAAGUGAGCAUCGCGGCCUGUGCAGUUAGCAAUCGUAGCUUCGGGAUGAGCAAAAACCACCUCUGACUUCACUCACCUUUCUCAUUUUCGGAAGCACUUCUUCCACUAUCAUUUCACUUCGCGCUUUUUCUUUCUUUAACUUGCUUUUUGUUCAACUAACCCUCCCCUAUCAUUUCAAUUGCUGAAAGGAGUGCUAUGGCGACUCAAUCUCCGCCUCCCACCAAUCCACCGGCUGAUGAUCCUCCAAAAUUAGCUACGGAAAUAGCACAACCAGCAAAUGAGGCACGGCAAGAUGCUCGAGAUACUGCUAAACCAAUUUCUUCUCCAUCAGUGUUUGUGAACUCAGAACCUAUGAGGGAGGAGCAAGUGCAGAAUGCUGUAAAAUUCCUUUCACACCCUAAAGUUAGGGGUUCGCCUGUUAUCUAUAGACGAUCUUUUCUGGAGAAGAAGGGCCUCACAAAAGAGGAGAUAGAUGAAGCAUUUCGGCGUGUACCUGAUCCAUCCCCAAGUGCACAGGCGACUGCUAUUAAUCAAGAUGGACAAGUGAAAUCAUUUCCUAACGUUCAGCCACAGGCAACAACACAAACUUUGCAAAAUGCAACAGCUGCUUCUGCUGGUGUCCUUACACCAGUGAGGACAUCAAUGAUGUCCCAGUUUAACUGGUAUCAUGCUGUUCUUGCUGUUGGGUUUCUGGUCUCUGCAGGUGCUGGAACUGUUGUUUUAGUCAAGAAAACUUUUGUCCCUAGGUUCAAGUCUUGGAUACGGAAAGUUGUACUUGAAGAACAAGAUGACAUUACAAAGAAAACCAAUGGGAAACCAAGUUUUGCAGAAGAAGCAGUAGUGGCUGCCAAAGCAGCUGCAGCUUCAGCUGCUGAUGUGGCAAAGGCAAGCCAAGAAAUGCUGAAAUCACAAAUUGAUGAAAAAAGUUGUUUUGAGGAAUUUAAGAAUCUGUUAGAUGUGCAAGUUAAGGAAAUGAAGUCCAUGGGUAAUGCCAUAAGGAAGUUGGAAGGACAAACUACUCAUUCUGGGAGAGUCCCUUUUGUCAAUCAAGAAGAUGAUAGGGUCUCAGCUACAAAUGUGAAGCAACCAUAUGUGAAUGGAAAGUCAAACUUUGACUCUCGAUCAGUGAGGUCUUCCUCACCUCCAGCCAUUGGGGAACCCUCUGUUCCUCCCCACCCGAAGUCAUACAUGGAGAUUAUGACGAUGGUCCAGAGAGGGGAGAAACCUUCCAACAUUAGGGAGAUAAACGAUCAACCUCCGAACCCUAACCAGCAAUUAUCAAAUCCACGCUUAGUGCCUAGAGCUAAGCCUUGGGAGGUUGGUCAGGCCCAAAGUGGCUCCAACCAAGUUCUUCAGUCUCAAGUAAGUCUGAAAAGCUUGAAUGCCAAGGUUCAAGAGAAUGGGCAGAACUAUCAGAUAGACGAGGAGAGUCCAGUGCCUUGGUGGCACCGGAAAAAAUUAAGGAUCACAGAAGUUGAGAAUGAAGAUGAAGUCAAUACAGGACCUUAUGGAGUGCGAACCAAUGAGCAACCAGUUCAGCGAGCAUGGGUUCCACCUCAACCACCUCCUGUUGCAAUUCCAGGAGCAGCUGAAGCCAUCCGAAGGCCAAAACCAGCAGUUCCGAAAGAACAGUUGACUGGUGAUCAGUCAGUAACUAAUCAUUCAGAUGUUACUGAUGAGUUGCAGAGGAUCACGAAGAUAUCUAAAAUUGGAGGUGCAGUAGAAGCGAUGUAUGGUGCGAGCUCAGCCACAAAGGCAAGUGAAAUACAUGAAGAACAAGAACACAGCAUCGAGGGUAACUGAAAGGUGAUUCACUUUAUGUGAUCAACUUGACCUAAGGUACUGAAUACAUAUAUACUUGGGAAUGAUAAUAGUCGUUGAAGAAUAUUUUGAAUCAAUAUGAAACAGUAAAUUUGACUAGACAUCUAUAAACGCAUUUUGCUAUCGAUUUUGCUGGCAAGAAUAAAGUUUUAAAUUGGUAUCUGAAAGCAAAUUGAAGUGAACUUUGUGUAUAUACUCUACAAGAAUUUUAAGGCAUUGACUUUUAUGGAAUAUAUGCUUCUUUUCUCCUGUCA